AGCCGAAAUGAACCACAUUCUACGACCACUUCUGGACGAAUGCGUGGUGGUGUACCUGGAUGACAUACUCAUCUACUCGCGCGACAUGAAGCAGCACGUCGAACACCUGCGACGCGUCUUCGAAAUUCUUCGACGGGAACGAUUCUACGUCAAACUGUCCAAGAGCGAAUUCGCCCUUGAAAAGGUCCAAUUCCUAGGACACCUGGUGAGCGCUCAAGGAGUUCACGUCGACCCCAAGAAAAUCGAAGCCGUACGUACGUGGAAGACACCCGAGAACGUGAAGGAGUUGCAGCAGUUCCUAGGCUUCGCUAAUUACUACAACAGGUUCGUGCCACAGUAUGCAAAACUCGCAGCACCACUCACGAAUCUGCUGAAGAAGAACACGUCCUACAAAUGGGAGACGAAGCACCAGGAAGCCGUGGAGCAACUGAAACAAGCACUGACAUCCGCACCGGUACUCAUCUUGCCAGAUCCCGAACGUGACUACGUCAUUGAAGCAGACGCCAGUGAUCAGGCCGUGGGAGCAGUCUUGAUGCAAGACCAGGGGAAUGGACUGCAACCAAUUGCCUACCUCAGCAAGAAACUGCACGGGGCAGAACUCAACUACCCGAUACACGACAAAGAGGCUCUUGCUAUCGUCAUCGCCUUCAAAGCGUGGAGAUGCUAUCUCGAAGGACGAAGAAAGACCGUCUACACCGACCACUGCAGCCUGAAAUAUUUGAAGACACAACCCAACCUUUCCAGGCGGCAGGUCCGGUGGAUCGACUUCCUCGAGACACACUUCCACUACGACAUCGUGUACAAGCCCGGCCACAAGAACAAAGCAGACGCUCUCAGCCGGCCUGCACACAGAACCUCCCCUGUCCUGCGCAUUGCCGAUCCUCACCGUCCAUUCGAAGUAAUCACAGAUGUUAGCGACAUCGCCAUCGGAGCAGUACUGCUACAGGAUUUUGGCGAAGGCCUACAGCCAAUCGUGUACGAGUUACGGAAGUUGCACCCGCUUGAGCAAAAUUAUCCAAUACACGAGAAGGAAAUGCUCGCGAUCAUGCACGCCUUCAAGGUGUGGCGGUGCUACAUGACAGCCGCAGAUGUGAUUGUACAGACAGACCAUCGUAGCGUGCAAUACGACUACGGGAAUUACUUUUACAAGAUGCUCACGAUAAUACCGUUUCAGGGCACUUCGGAGUGGAGAAGACCAGGCAGCAGUUGACCAGAUAUUAUUUCUGGCCCGC